GCAUACGAACAGUGCAUUUUCAGCCUCAGCUUGUAUCGACUGCCACACAAUAGCGCCCUUUGAUUGAUCAGUAUUUACAUAAGUAUACUAAAUAUUUUUUAAACCAAAAAUAUGGUAUAGAAUACAAGAGUACCACUAGCGAAAGUGAAUAUGGCGUGUCCUUUCGCAAAGCACGCCUCGGCGGAUAAUUUCCAACGACAUCCAUCGAUUGCGGAAGCACACAAUUGGAAUUUAGAUGAGGAUUUGAGUGAGCUUUCAGGAGACGCACUGACACUCACGCAUCUCAACGCUGCCAUUCAGUUGUUAACUGCUCCAUCUAACGAAAAUGUUCAUGAAGCCUUUCUUUCACUGGUUGCAAAGUACAGCAACAGAUGGCCGGGUUUAUCGGAAAUCAAAUGUGAGCGCGAGUCACUCUCGGUCUACCCUCAUUACGAUUACCUCGCCGAUAUCCAGGAUAAACUAGGCAGAACUCAUGAAGAUGCCGUUAGUGACAUACUCGUGUGCCUGGGGGAAGAACUGAUCCACACCGGAUGCGUGGGUAUCAUCGAACGGGCAUUCAAAUGUCUCGGCUCAGAUCUGCAGGAGUUUCUGGGCUCACUGGACGGCGUUUACGAUGUGCUGAAGCUACAGGAGGAGGAUAUAUCCGACACUGGGUUCGUGUGCGCCGGUGAGGGUGAGCUAAUCUUCACGACCGAGCGACCAGUCUUGUCGUGGCUGUUACUUGGCUGCUUGAAAGCGCUUAGCCGCCUGCUGUUCAACCAGGAGCCGUUCGUUGAGCUACAGCCACUUCACGGGGACACGCUGCAGUACCGGUACCUGCUGAGAACGGAUCCCCUGGAGAUGCCGGCUUUGCGGCUUCCCGUAAUUGCUGCCGGAAAACUGGCCGUGGACCUACGCGACACUGUUUCGUCCGAUGCGCGCGAUCUGAAAAUCAGCAAUCAAUUUUUCUGUGACGCAUUCCCAUGGCACUUCAUCAUGGACGAGCAGCUCAAUCUGGUCCAGAUGGGACAAGCCUUUAGCCGGCUCUUUAAAAGCCAUGUGAGCGCAGGAGUAGCGUUAGUGGCCAGCAUGGUUUUCCGCCUUAAGCGACCGCGUGGGCUGCAACUUAACUUCCGCGAAAUAGUUCGGCGCACCAACACGCCAUUCAUGAUAUCGCUGCGUGCCCCACCAGGGCUGCCAGACUUUUUCGCCAAAGGCUUGGAGAUCAAGGGGCAGAUGGUGUUCUGUCCGGAGUCUAACACUCUACUGUUCGUUGGCUCGCCCUUUCUGGAUGGACUGGAAGGGUUGACCUGCAACGGUCUGUUUAUAUCGGACAUACCGCUGCACGACGCUACGCGGGAGGUGAUUCUGGUUGGUGAACAGGCAAGAGCACAAGAUGGACUGCGGCGCCGGAUGGACAAGCUGAAAAGUUCAAUCGAAGAAGCGAACGCAGCCGUUAUCAAGGAACGCAAGAAGAAUGUCAGCCUUCUGCAGCUGAUCUUCCCCGCCGAAAUAGCCGAGCGCCUCUGGCUAGGGGCUCAAAUCGAUGCUAAAACCUACCCGAAUGUGACCAUGCUGUUCAGUGAUAUAGUCGGCUUUACGAGUAUCUGUUCGCGCGCCACUCCCUUCAUGGUAAUCAACAUGCUGGAAAACCUGUACAAGCACUUUGACGAACUGUGCGGGUUUUUCGACGUCUACAAAGUAGAGACAAUCGGUGACGCGUACUGCGUCGCAAGCGGUUUGCACCGAGCCAGUAUUUAUGAUGCCCAUAAGGUGGCCUGGAUGGCGCUGAGAAUGAUCGAAACGUGCACACUGUACAACACACACGACGGCCAGCAUAUCAAGAUGCGGAUUGGCAUCCAUACGGGCACGGUGUUGGCUGGUGUCGUUGGACGCAAAAUGCCCAGAUACUGCCUAUUUGGGCAUAACGUGACCAUAGCAAAUAAGUUUGAAUCCGGCAGCGAGGCGUGCAAGAUCAACAUCAGCCCCACUACCCGCGAUUGGCUAGUGAAACAGUCGGAUUAUUGCUUCGAGCUGCAGACACGAGAUGUCUCAUGCAUGCCGAAAGAAUUUACUGACUCUAGAGGUCAGACCUGCUUCUUCCUGGAAGGCUACAAACAUCCAACCCUUCCCGACGAUCGCUCACUUAAAGAGCACAUAGAGGAGGCAAUGAAGCAGACGCUUUUGGACACAAAUGAUACGACUAUUACCGUAGAUGUAGCCCAAUAAGCAUUUUGUAUCGAUAAGGGACCAGACGUUGAUGGUUUCGGAUAAAUUAUUAAAAAUGGGACACUUGUCUUGAAACGUACCAAACAGACAACCACUACAUUGGAAAAAGGCAAAUUCAAUCAGAGCAUCCUUCCUUCCAAAUUCAUAUGAAUUUCCACAGUCCAUUUUCCUAUCAUCAAAGUCCACAGCAUCAGCGCAUUGAGCUGCCAUGCCUAGUUAAUAAAUAUAUUUUUGUUCAUUAUUGCUCUAUUUUUGCGCCUCAUCGAAACGUAAGGAUAAACGCAUUUUAACGUAGGACAAAUUCGCUUCUCUUUGGGAACGGUAUGAAUAGAUGCAAUUUAAUAUAUAAAAGCCGAAAAAAUCCUAAAAAGUGUUUGCGAUAGCAAGGCAUUUUCGUCUAAUCACAAGAUAUAAAUGAAGCAAACGUAAAAACGUUGAACGAUAAAUAACUGAUAUUAGGGACUAAAUUGCCAAACCAUGUUAGUAUUCUACAGGGUAGCUGAUGUUUAUUGACUGUUUAUUUUUCUAUGAUGACUGUUGAUUUCCCAUAGACGUUGAUACGGUUGCCGGAAUCAAGUGGCAAAGUAAAACGAAUUGCUGAUGACCUACUCAUCAAAAAUUCUGCAUGCAACAUAAUCAAAGUUUAUUCUCUGUGAAUAAUAUUACUCAUCACUCAAUAUUUGUUUCGUUUUCGGUUCUUAUCUCACGUUGCAGCCUUUUUGUGUAAAUGUAAAAAUAAAAAAGGCACGCAAACUCGCUUAUCAUUCACUGUUGAAAUAUGAUGUAUGAUGCACUGUUGUAACAAAGAUGGCUUUGCAGUUUUACUGUGUCAGGGUUGAGUUGGGCUAUUACGUUCCUCUACCUUUGUUUCGUUUUUAGAUUGCCUUCUAUUUUUAAUAUAGAAAGAAUUUGGAAAUAUGUUGAUUGCCUAACAAAGUAUACAUUGUAAUAUGAAAGUGUCUCACAAAAUGCUGUGUAGGCCUGAUUAUUUUAUGCAUGCAACUAGGUUAAGAAUUAGUUUCAUAACAUCAAAGACGCAAGUGUUCGAUAAGCGAAAAACGAUUGAAUACAUCGAUCGCCAGAAAUAAAUGUUCACCGUAUAUUAUCGUAGAUUCAUAUUUUAUAAAAGUAUCAAGUUUGUUCUGGAAACGACGGUAUUAAACGCACAUCAAUGCAGAUCUAUUGCUUCAAAGUUUUGUUACCUACGAGUCUUCCUGAAUGCCAUAACGUGGAUCUCUGUACUUGCUCCGUUGCUUAAAAUGAUU